GACCGUGACGUCACGAAGGUCCUUCAGCCCAUUGUUGGCGGUUAACGUGUGGCUCCCGGCUCCGGUGGUUGUUGUGUAGAGAUCCGGUAUCGUCCGAUAUCAGUAUACAAGCUGGAGAUGAGCGGAGGAGUGUACGGUGGAGAUGAAGUCGGAGCCUUGGUGUUUGACAUUGGCUCAUAUUCGGUACGUGCUGGGUAUGCAGGAGAAGAUUGUCCAAAGGUAGAUUUUCCUACAACGAUUGGUGUAGUACUUGAUAGAGAAGAUGGAAGCACACAGAUGGAAACUGAUGGCGAGCCUAAUAAAGCAAGAGGUCCCAGCUAUUAUAUUGAUACAAAUGCACUCAGGGUACCACGAGAAAACAUGGAGGCUUUUUCACCACUGAAAAAUGGAAUGAUUGAAGAUUGGGACAGUUUUCAGGCUAUUUUAGACCAUACAUACAAAACACACGUCAAGUCAGAAGCCAGUUUACAUCCGGUACUGAUGUCUGAGGCUGCUUGGAAUACAAGAGCAAAACGAGAGAAAUUGACCGAGCUGAUGUUUGAGCAUUACAAUAUUCCAGCGUUCUUCCUCUGCAAAACUGCCGUUCUCACAGCAUUUGCCAACGGUCGAUCUACAGGUCUGAUUUUGGAUAGUGGGUCCACGCAUACUACAGCCAUUCCAGUUCAUGAUGGAUAUGUACUUCAACAAGGUAUUGUAAAAUCUCCCCUUGCUGGAGACUUCAUUACUAUGCAGUGCAGAGAGUUAUUUCAAGAGAUGAAUGUGGAUCUCAUCCCUCCAUACAUGAUUGCUUCAAAGGAACCAGUACGGGAAGGAGCGCCAGCCAAUUGGAAGAAAAAAGAGAAACUACCUCAGGUCACUCGCUCCUGGCAUAAUUAUAUGUGCAGUUGUGUGAUUCAGGAUUUCCAGGCAUCUGCGCUACAAGUGUCAGACUCUACCUACGAUGAGCAAGUGGCAGCCCAGAUGCCUACAGUCCAUUAUGAAUUUCCUAACGGUUAUAAUUGUGACUUUGGAGCAGAACGUCUGAAAAUUCCAGAAGGGUUAUUUGAUCCUUCAAAUGUUAAGGGCUUGUCUGGUAAUACUAUGCUUGGUGUCAGCCAUGUUGUCACAACGAGUGUUGGCAUGUGUGAUAUUGACAUCAGACCAGGUUUAUAUGGGAGUGUUAUUGUAGCUGGAGGAAAUACAUUGUUACAAGGAUUUACUGACAGGCUGACAAGAGAACUUUCCCAGAAAACCCCUCCGAGUAUGAGAUUAAAGCUGAUUGCAAACAACACAACAGUGGAAAGGCGGUUUAGUUCAUGGAUUGGUGGUUCUAUUCUUGCGUCUCUGGGAACCUUCCAACAGAUGUGGAUUUCCAAACAGGAAUAUGAAGAAGGAGGAAAGCAAUGUGUGGAGAGAAAGUGCCCUUAGUCUGUUACAGACCUGUACUCUGUUCUUGUGCCCUUUUCUGAAAUAGCUUUAGUGUACUCAGGAAACCCACGGACUUCUUUUGUAGUUAAUAUACUUCCUUUUUGUUCCUUUGACUCCUCAAUAGACAUUUGUCAGGUUGGCAGACACAUGCUUACAAAUGUGUAUGUGUUUCCAAGCAAUAACCUCUAUUUUUUUAAGCCUCUAUUGCAGCUCUCUUCCUCCUCCUUUUUUUUAAUGUGCAGUUUCUCACAACGUGAUACACGAUAACAAUGGCCAUGGAAAUUAAUUUUGCCAGCCCAAAUGAUUUUGUAAUGAAAUAUUUAAAAUAUGUUAUUGCAUUUUUUUUUUUUUUUUUUUUUAGCAUACAGGUGAACAUGCAAAUGAAUUGUUGGAUAUUAAAGUCACUGCCUAAACCUAAA